AUGCUGCAAAAUUCACGUAUAAUAUCAAAUAAAACGUAUAAUAUCGAAGAAUAUGGAACAGUUAAUUUCGAUUGUUCAAUCGAAGAACAUACAUUAGUUGCAUGGCGGGUUAGUCUGCACCAUGAUAAUAUUUAUCGAUAUUAUUAUAUAAAUUCAAAUUUUCAACAGAAACUCUCCGAACAAAAUGAAGAUAAACCAAGAGAUGUUUCAUUCGAAAACGAUUUACGUACGAUGAUCUUUUCUAAUGUACGUCAAUGGAUAAAUAGUGCGUUUGAAAACAUUCAAUGUGUUAUCUAUAAUAGUAAAAAGAACCUUUUUGAAAUAACAAUUUUCUAUUUAAAUAUUUACGUUGCUCCGUUUCUAUUUUCAUUAAAUAUAAACGAUACUUCUACGAAUGAUCAAUCUAUAUUUUGGUUCGAUAAUAAACAACGUAUAAAUAUUCUGUGCGAAACAUAUUCUUAUCCUAAAUCGAUAUUACAAUUAAGCUUAAAUCAUCAAAUAAUACAAGCCGAAGAAACCAUCGAUUGUGUGUAUGAUGAUCUUUCUACUAUUUUACUAUCAAAUCUAUUAUGUCUUUCACAAACAAAUUGGCGUAUACGUGUCCGAAUAAACACAACAUUGUAUCUAUCAAGAGAAUACAAUAAAAAAAAUUUAACAUGUUCAAUUAUUAAGUUCCCGUAUGGAAAUAUAUGGAAAUACUCAACGAGUAUUGAAUUGGUUGAAAAAAAAGGUAAGAGUAGAUUUGUGAGAAAAGCGCUCGAUCGCUGCUCAUGA